AUGGCACUGGCAGUUCAUAUCACAGCGGCCCCGGUUUAUCAACCACCGCAAAUUAUUGGCCGAGGAGGUCCCUUGGACAUUCUGGACAAGCGACAGCAACUUACCUUCAGCACUUGCGGUCUUCAGUGCGCCGCGGCGGAUUUUUGCCAGGCAUACCGAUCGAAUUUCGGAUUCUGCUGUCCGACAUCCGUUCUUACGAGAACAGCCUUCAAUUACUGCGGUCCUGCAACAACAUGUAUACCAUAUGGUGUCAGUUCGGUGUCCGACUUCUUCUUCGAUAGCACAAGUUCGAUACAAUACUGUGGUGUCGCCCGUCCGAGCUGCGUAACAUAUGUCUACCGUAACGACGACUUCACCCAAGUCUUCUGCGCCUCCGGCGAAUCCGGCACUUCCUUCUUCGAAACAACCUCUACCCGUCAACAAUCCGCAACUUUCAUCGGUCGCACCACAAGCAGUGAAGAAACAACCACAACUUCAGAAUCAACAUCCGAACCAACUGCCACCGUUGCUUCGAACACUUCGACCAAUGGCAGCAACCCUACUUCCGAUUCCUCUGAUACUCCCACAUCCUCUGGCGAUAGCAAUAGCGGUCUCAGCACAGGUGCAGUAGCAGGCAUUGGUGUCGGCGCCGCACUCGCCGGUAUCGGUGCAGCAAUCGGUGCGUUCUUCUUAUGGCGUCGUUCGAACAAUAAGAAGAAGCUCGCUGCUGCCGGAGCAUCCGGGGGUCAAAACUUCCCACCACAACCACCAAUGGCGAACACGCAAGGAUAUAAUAACAAUAAUACCGGUUACUACCAGCAACAACAACCAUAUGCACAGGUACCACAGGGACACCAGGCUGAACUGGCUGGCGGCGGUGCUUUCGGUGGACAGGAGUACUAUAAGGGAGCUUACCCCCCACCGGUUUCACCAGGUGGUGUCCCGCCGCCACAAACCCAUCCAAAUGUCUACGAACUUGGUGGAGGCGGCCAGGCUCCUGUUGGAGGAAAUCAAGGAGUUUACCAGGAGAAUACGGCACCGCAAUUUAGGCAAGAGUUGCAGGGUUGA